AUGACAGAGAAGAAGAACGGUUGGCGACGAUUUUUCAAAAAAUACUUUUGGGAAGGUCAGAAUCUUGACGAAGGCGUAGCGUUUGCCUCAGAUGAGACUCAAAAAGAUGUUGACUUUUUGGACGUUAUCCUGAAUAAAUAUAGAAAGUAUUUGGCGGUGCUGAUUCCAUUCCUCGUGAUGCAGUCGUUUUGGUGGCUGACCGCCAUUCGUUUCAACUGGUUCUCACUUUAUCCUACCCACUGGCACCUACCGGUCACCAUGUUGUUGGGAUCAACGAUUGCCGGAAUGACUUCGGAGGGAGGAGGUGCAGUGGCGUUUCCUGUGAUGACUUUAGGGCUGAAGAUUGCUCCAAACGCCGCCAGAGACUUCUCAUUGAUUGUGCAGGCCAUAGGAAUGUCCUGUGCCAUGUUUGCGAUUAUUUUCAUGAACGUCCAAAUUGAGAAAAGAGCAGUGAUCUUCGGAACCAUAGGUUCGAUACCCGGGUUCGUCAUCGGUUCCCUUAUGGUGGAUCCAUUUUUGACUCCACAACAGAAGAAAAUGCUGUUCGUUUCGAUAUGGUCAUCUUUUGCUGUUGCGCUUUGGAGACUAAACAGCCAUGCUCACAGGAAAACAUACCUCAUCAUUUCUGACUUUAAGGCGUGGAAAGCCUUCGUGCUUGUGUGCACCGGUUUCGUUGGAGGUAUUUUCACUUCCUUCACGGGAUCAGGUGUUGACAUCUGCAUAUUUUCCAUUCUGACUCUCCUGUUCCGAGUCACAGAGAAGACGGCCACACCCACUACAAUCGUUCUCAUGGGUUUGAACUCGGUAAUAGGGGUCUACUACCGAACUGUUUGGGAAGGACAUGUCUCUCCACUGGCUCUGGACUACAUCAAGUGCACAGUGCCGGUUGCGGUCACAUUAGCUCCAGUGGGCAGUUUCCUUGGAUCUCAUUUCCACCGCAAAGUGUUAGCGACAUUUAUUUAUGUGUUGGAAUCAUUAGCUGUUACUGGUUUCCUCAUCACGAGACCGCCACCAGCAUUGGUGCUGGUUGGUACCUGCAUAAUCAUCAUGGGAUUUCUAUUCUUCUCUUCCGUGGCAAAAGUAGGCGCACAAUUGAUGGAGGAUGAUGAGCGACUAAAGAAGGUCGUAGAAAACGAGGCGAUGCUAGCUGCGUGA